AGUUAACUCUCCGUCUCUAUUUUAUUUACGUACAACUCUUGAAAAAGAUACAGCUGAUAGUGAAUUGAAUUGUGUAAUGGCCGAUCAUCGUAGAGAACGAUUUUCUGAUUUAGAUAUAACGAAAGAUGAAUUAAAUACGAUUGGUGAAGCAUUAAAAGAUAAAGAAUUUGUGAAUUUAUUACAAGAUUAUUAUCAAGAGAUUACCGAUCCCGAAAAUAUUAAAACCUAUCAAAAUGAAAUGAUACAAUUGGAGAAAGAGAGAGGAAUAGAUUGUACAUUUAUAAAUCCAGAAGCAGGAUAUGUGAUCAAAAGUAGUGUUGACGGAAAUCGUAAAGCAUUUAUAAAUGUAUGUUACAAUGAAAAUGUUGGCAAACCAUCAAAUGAACCGGUACGUUUAGAAAAUGGUCAGAUAGGCCGAAACUGGCAAAUUCCACACUUAUUAUCACCACCACGGGAUGAUUUUAGUAAAAACGAUACAAAAACAACAAUCUGUACUGUGUACGAUGUUGUUUUUCAUCCGCACACAAUGCAUUUAGCUGCAAAAUUUCCCGAAUUUCGUAACAUGGUUACAAAUACUGCAUUGGAUUCAGUGGAAAAUAAAUUUAAUAUAAAAUUAGAUCGAAACAAUUUAAAAUAUCCAAAAAUGAAAUUUAAAGGAAAUGUUGCCGGUCGUAAUCCUGUUAUACGAAAACGUAAUGAAAAUUAUGGAAAAAUUGAGGAUGAUAUUCUUGAACAAAUGUAUCCACAUCCAUUUAAUCAAUCUGAACCAUCGAAAACAGAACAAAAACCGGCAAAAACGAUGAAAAAAACUCAAGAAGAUGUGAAUUCAAUUUAUACAACACCGAAAUAUUCGAUUAAACAACUUUCAGAAGUCGAUCUUCAAGAUUAUCGUCAUAAUAUGACAUGUAAAUUUAAUGCUACGAUUCCAAAUGAAUUAAUUGUGGAAAUCGAUCUACCAUUAUUAAAUUCCACAGCCGAUACUCAAUUAGAUGUAACAGAAAAAUCGAUUUCGUUAAUCAGUGAAACACCAGCCAAGUACAAAUUACAAAUUCAAUUGCCAUAUUGUGUGAAUGAAGAUAUUGGAAAUGCGAAAUUUGAUAAAUUAAAGAGACGUUUAAUUGUUACGUUGCCCGUGAAAAGGAAAACGGAACCAGUUUGUAUGAAGUUUGCACGUGAAGAUAGUGGAGUUGAUAGUGAUCAAGAGGAUUCAUCAUCGACAUCACCACCAAAUGAAUUAAUUUGUGAGCUGUCAUCCGAAGAAAAUGUUCCGGUGAAUAAUAGUGCUAAAAAAAUGGAAACGGAAUCUAUACUUCAAGUGGCAGGUGUAAAAGAAAAUGUGUCAGUGAUUAGUGAUCCAAAAGUGGAAACAGAAUUAAGGACUAAUCCAUUUUUAGAAACGGAUAAAGAAUACAUUUUUCCCGAAUAUACUUACAAUAUAUACAAGAAUACCUUAGCAUUUACUUUACACGUUAAAAAUGUCGAUCCAAUUUCGGUUGCGAAAAUAUUUAUUACAAACGGUGUACAAAUAAAAUUUUCUUCAAUAAGUUCCGGUUUUUAUCCCGUGUUAUAUGCAUUCUGUGUUCAAUUUCCUGUCACAUUUCAAGAAAAUGAUGUUACAAUAGAAACAUGGGACAAUAAUGUCAUUGUACAAAUUCCAUUCGAGAAAGAUUUCGUUCAAAAAUCAUUUUUUAUUGGUCUAAAUGAUUCAAUGCUUGAAGAAGUGACGCUGAAGUCGAUAGUUCCUAAUCCUAAUGAAGUACAAAGUGAAGAAUUAACCGUUAAAACGGUUUAUUCAGAUGAUGAAGUCACUGUUGAAGUAACUUCUUCGUCUUUACCCAAAAACAUUGAUAGUAAAUUUGCUGAAAUGCAAAUUACAGAAGAAUACAAUCAACGAAAAAAAUUAGAAAAAAUGCAUUCGUAUUCAGAAUCAAGUGGUGAUGAAUUAAGUGUUAGUCAAAGUCCUUUAAAAAGUAAAGGAAUUUUAAAAUAUAAACGUUCAACAUCGCGUACAAUUAAUCGUAGUGUAUCGGAAUCAAGUAUUGAUGAUAUGACGUGGCCGAAUUCUUUGGAUAAUUACCAUUUAGGAUCGGAUUCAUGUAUUCCAGAGGAAAAAGAACAAUGUGAUAAUAGUUAUAAGAAAACCGUACGAUUUAAUGAUCAUGUCAGCAAACAAAUAUUCAGAUUAAAUUCAAGUAUUCUUGGACAAAAAAAGAAAAAUCAACGUAAAAACCGUAACAAAAAGCGUACAAAUGAUCGUCGUCAUAGUGAAAGUGAAUUAUCAGAGAAUGAAGAUAAAAAAGAUCAAUUUCGUAAGAAGCCAAUAUUCACAAAUAAAGAUCGUCAACGUCCACACAGUGAAAGUGAAUUAUCUGAGACUGAACACAAAGAGCAUUAUUUUAAUAAGAAAUCAGCAUUGAAGAAUCCAAUCAAUAAGAAGGAGAUGUUGAAUCGACAACGUUCAGAUUCUGGUGUUGGCAGUGAUACAGACAAUAAUAAAGAACAACAAAAGACACCAGCAGCACACAAAGUAAAAACAUCUCCAUCAAAUAUUGAAUUCCAAAGCGAUCUUAUAUUUGAUAUCGAUAUGUAGAUUUAGAUUACACUACGUAAUGGUUUUCUUCAGAAUUGUUUGGAUACAAAUUCAUUUCGAAUAAUUGCUGUACUAUUCCCAAUCUAUUAUAAUAAAAUUACGAAUAGAAUUCAAAUAAUUUUGGUUUGUGUUCCAUAUUAGCAAUGCACUUGAAUGUUUAUUAUUUAGAA